UUUAGUGUUGCCAAUGUCAUCUUGUUGAAUAAAAUAGUUAGCUAGUAAAUCAAAAUGUGACAGCAUCUACUGCGUAAUCAUAACGUUAUAUUUGUCUAAAUGUAGGCUUUUAAAUCUCAGGGAAAAUGUCACGUGUAAAGGAUCAACUGGCCACGGUCAUGGGGCUUUUAGUAAAUGCAGCCGUGGUGGAAAUAAGUAAAUUGUGCACGAGUCAAAACGUUUACACCGAUUCACAGAGGCAGUGCAUUGGCCCUGGGACUGAGCUGUCUGCCAUCAUGAAGAGAUUGUGCAAAGAGGCCAUGCAAAAAAUAAUUAGUCUCAUUGAUGAGGAUACAGCUUCUCUGCGUCUGCAAGUGUCAGUGAGUCAGAGAGAUAAUCAGGUUCUGAAGGAGAAUCUCCAGUUGAUGGAUGGGGACCUGAGGACGACUAGAGGGCUUGGAGAGGAGGGUGCAGAGGACAGGAAGACCCAAGGAACAGACGUGACUAAAUUUGAGCGCUUGUCUGAAGUCAACAGUGGCAUGUCUUCAGAGACGGAGGAGGAAAGUGCUGAAUGGAUCACAUUGAAGGAGGAUACACUGCUACAGGACACCCAGACAGGACACACACAUGAGGACGCAGAUGGAGAAUCCAGGACAGAGGCUGGGGAGGAUGCUACUAUUGACCACAACUUGGAGGAAGAGAUUACUACACCACUCUCACCAGCAAAGGCUCAAGAGGACCAAGACUUACAGCCUGCUGCACCCACAGACAUAUCCAAUGAUGCUAAGAUGGUGGCUCCCACAGUACAUCAAAUGAGACUGCGUGUGGUGAGACGCACAAAGGGCCAGAAAUCUGUCAAAGGAGACAAAUGUUUAAGCUGUGUACAGUGUGGGAAGGCUUUUAGUAAACUAAGUAACCUGAAAGCCCACCAGGUUGUCCACACGGGUGAGAGGCCAUUUAAGUGCACGCAGUGCGGGAAGGGCUUUACAGCAAAGUGCAGUCUCAAAGUACACCAUGUUAUAGUGCACAAAAGGGAGAAGCGAUUCAAGUGCACAUACUGCGGGAAGAUAUUUGGCACCCAGAGCCAGCUUAACGAACACCAGAUGGUUUUCAAAGGAGAGAAAGGGAAGGUAUUAAGAUGUACUUUGUGUGCUAAGGCUUUCCCUGCAAAAUGUAGCCUCAAAGCUCACAGAAUAGCUGUACACAGAGGAGAGAAGAGAUUCAAUUGCUCUCAGUGUGGGAAGGUUUUUGCCAGGCAGAGAGAUAUGAUAGUACACCAGGGUGUACACACAGGAGAAAGACCAUUUAAGUGUACAACAUGUGGGAAGUCUUUUACAGCUAGACGAAGUUUAAAUGUACAUGUGCUGACUGUACACAAAGGAGAGAGACCUUUCAGCUGUGACAUAUGUGGCAAUAGAUUCAGCCAGAGAAGUGGCCUCAAGGCUCACCAAAGGACCCAUACAGGAGAGAAACCCUACAUAUGUGAUCAAUGCGGAAAAGGCUUCAGCCUGAAAAGUGUACUUAAUACCCACCACAUAGUUCACACUGGUGAGAAAGCAUUUAGCUGUGAGAUCUGUGGCAAAUGUUUUAGUUUAGCGCCUAACCUCCGCAGACACCAGCAGACUCACUCUGGCGUUAAAUCAUUCACCUGUGACAUAUGCCAGAAGAGUUUCACUCAAGCUAGUCAUCUCAAAGUCCACCAGCGCAUUCACACAGGUGAGAAAACGUUUGUAUGUGACAUAUGUGGAAAGGGCUUCAACCAAAAGAGUUCUCUGAUGAUCCACCAGAAGAUACACAGUGGGGACAAACCCUAUGACUGCUCAGAGUGUGGAAAAUGCUACCGGUCUGCAAACUAUCUGAAAAGGCACCAGGUGAUACACACAGAGAAAAAAUCUCACUCUUGUGAAGAAUGCGGAAAGAAUUUCCACACUGCGACCAAUCUCAAAACUCAUCGUCGGGUCCACACAGACAAGAAGCCGUUUACCUGUGAUAUAUGUCAACAAGGAUACAGCUCCCUGAGUUACUAUAACAGUCACCGGCUCAUUCACACUGAAGGGAAACCAUUCAGCUGCACCAUGUGUGAGAAGCACUUCGCCAAACAGCGUUUCCUCGAUCUUCACCUACGCACUCACACUGGAGAGAGGCCUCAUACCUGUGACCUGUGUGGGAAGAGCUUCAGUUUUGCACAGAACCUUGUUCGCCACAAACGUGUGCACACUGGGGAGAAACCGUUUCUCUGCCUUGUGUGUGGGAAGACGUUCAGCCAAGCGAACAAUCUCAAGGCUCACCAGCAAGUGCACACUGGGGAAAAACCAUACAACUGUUCCAAAUGCAGGAAGAACUUCUCCUGUAUGAGAAAUUUGAAGGAACACAAGUGUAUUGAAGUUCAAGAACAAAUAGUGGAAGUGACUGUUGGAGACUGUCUCACUAGUACUGUAAUAAUAUAUGAAUAAUGGCACAAUACCAUCACGCCUGCCUAACUGGAGCUGCUUGGUAAGAAUGCUAUGAAUGUUGCAAAUCCAUGAAGUAAUUAUAAUUAUAGAAUAUCUAGCUAUUACACAAGAUGCAUAAAUGACAAUGCAAUUCUUCUACAUCCAUGGUCCUUCCAUGGAUUCCCCCUGAUGUUAUAUUAGGAUGGGUAACCUGGGCCUAGCCUAUUGAUAAGUACUACUAUGUUAUUAUAUGUAUGUAAUAUGUAUUUAAUAUGUCCUUGUUUCAACCCACAUGCACCAGUAAUGUUGCAGCAUGAGUAUUUUACAGUAUGUUGCAAUUCCUUUGCUCACUUUACAACUCAAGAAACAAGAGGUGUUGUACUUGUAUUUUGUCCCUGUACAUCUGAAUUAAAUACAUCUUCUUAAAAACAA